UGGCGGGGUGCAUCGACACAAUUACACCAAGUUGGACGGAAAAACUGUGCAAAAAUGUAAAUAAACACAGAAUGCACGGAGGCAGUUGUCAGAUAGGUGGAAACAAAAGUGGAAUCAGAGGCCAAACUUAGGGGUGGGGGAAUGGGGCCAGGUGCCAGACCCUAAGUUUAGCUCGGCAUAGCGGCCAGGACAAACCUGCGCUCAGGGAACCUGGCGCUGUCACUCAGGCGCCAGUGCCUUAUUCUGUCCAUGCUGGGUCGGCUCAAGUGCAACCUGAAGUGGCGUCCAGUUGGGUUCGCGCGCCCACCUGUUGCGGCCUGUUUGCCAAAGUUGACUGCUGGAGCGGUCUUGAGGAUCUGAGGCAACGGGUGACAAAGAGGAGGCUGCCGGCCAAGGUAGGGGCUGGGGGAACCUAGAGCCGGGGCGCAGGAACCUGUCCUCUCCCGUUGUUAAGUUGCUUUGUGUUGCCCUGCCAGCUGUCGAGGUGCAUCCUCUGGCCCGGGAUCCGUGCCAGGUGCACUCUGAGCUAACCUCUGCCUGCCAGGCGUCGGCCCCGCCCUUCCUCUGGAAGUGGGCAAUAGGAAGCCAGUAGGCUCCCGGUCGCCGCCCGUACCGGGUGCUCUAAGAGUUUGCAUGGCGGCAGUCGGACCGCAGACCGGUCCUGGAACCGGAGCAGAGGCCCUGGCGCUGGCGACAGAGCUACAGGGCGAGGCGACAUGCUCCAUUUGCUUAGAACUCUUCCGGGAGCCUGUGUCGGUCGAGUGCGGCCACAGUUUCUGUCGCUCCUGCAUUGCCCGCUGCUGGGAACGCCCGGGCUUGGGGACCGCCAGUGCGCUCCGUGCGCCACCGCGCCCACUGUCCUGUCCCCAGUGCCGCGAACCGGUGCGCCCCAGCCAGCUGCGGCCCAACCGGCAGCUGGCGGCAGUGGCCACGCUGCUGCGGCGCUUCAGUCUGCCUGCCGCCGCCCAGGAGAAGAACGGAUCCCCGGAGGCGCAGGUCUCUGACAGCGCGACGGGUUGCGCACAGCAUGGAGAACCGCUCAAGCUGUAUUGCCAGGACGACGGGCGAGCGAUUUGCGUGGUGUGCGACCGCGCCCGGGAGCACCGCGAGCACGCGGUAUUGCCUCUGGACGAGGCGGUGCAGGAAGCCAAGGAGCUCUUGGAAUCCAGACUGAAGGUUUUGAAGAAGGAACUGGAGGACUAUGAGGUGUUCCGGUCCACGGAGGAGAAGGAGAGCAAGGAACUCCUGAAGCAGAUGGCAGCUGAGAGAGAGAAGGUUGGAGCAGAGUUCCAGGCACUCCGGGCCUUCCUGGUGGAGCAGGAGGGGCGGCUCCUGGGUCGCCUGGAGGAGAUGUCCCGGGAAGUGACACAGAAGCAGAAUGAGAACCUGGCCCAGCUUGGGGAUGAGAUUUCCCAGCUUUCCAAACUCAGCAGCCAGAUCCAGGAGACAGUUAGAAAACCUGACCUUGACUUCCUCCAGGAAUUCAAAAGUACACUAACCAGGUGUAGCAACAUUCCUGGUCCCAAGCCAACUACAGUGUCUUCCGAGAUGAAGAAUAAGGUUUGGAAUGUUUCCCUCAAAACUUUUGUCUUAAAAGGGCUCCUAAAGAAGUUCCAAGAGGAUCUUCGGGAAGAACUGGAGAAGGAAGAGAAAGCCGAGCUCACCUUGGACCCCAACACGGCCAACCCUCGCCUCCUUCUCUCGUUGGAUCUGAAGAGCGUGCGCCUCGGACCGCGAGUGCAGGACCUGCCCAGUUACCCCUGCCGUUUCGACACCAACACCCGUGUCUUGGCGUCCUGUGGCUUCUCCUCUGGGCGGCACCACUGGGAGGUGGAAGUGGGUUCCAAGGAUGGCUGGGCCUUCGGUGUGGCUCGCGAGAGUGUACGCCGCAAAGGCCUCACGCCCUUCACCCCCGAGGAGGGUGUCUGGGCACUGCAGCUCAACAAUGGGCAGUACUGGGCUGUAACCAGCCCUGAACGGACACCCCUCAACUGUGGGCAUCUGUCAAGGGUGAGGGUGGCGCUUGACCUGGAGGUGGGCGCUGUGUCCUUCUAUGCAGUGGAAGAUAUGCGCCACCUCUACACCUUCCGCGUCAACUUCCAGGAGCGGGUGUUCCCCCUUUUCUCUGUCUGCUCCACUGGCACCUACUUGCGCAUCUGGCCUUGAGAGCCAUUGCCCAGCCAGAUCUCCACACUUCUAGCCCAGGUUGCCCAAGAGUAGCUGAUACGGAACAUAGCGUUGGAAGUAUGAACAAUGAGUGAUUGAGGAACAGGGGCCUGUGACCAGCUGA